UGCUGACUGUGGUCCGUAGCCGCAAGCCCUGUUACUUUUCAGCACCACCGUGUAUAAAUAGUCCCAUAUGCUCUGGGGUCGGAACGCGUUAUUGUGGAGCCCCCCUUGUGAACACUGCGAGGCUAUUCUUUGCGGCCUGGUCAGGUAAAUCUCUCCUACGAGACACGACAGCAUGGCUCAGAACAACCCCAAUCCACAGGGACCAUGGAAGAUCACAGUUUACGACCAGGAGAACUUCCAGGGAAAGCGUAUGGAGUUUACCUCCUCCUGCCAGAACAUCAUGGAAUCUGGCACGGACAACAUCCGCUCCCUCAAGGUGGAGUGUGGAGCUUGGACAGGAUAUGAGCACUCCAGCUUCUGUGGACAGCAGUUUGUUUUGGAGAGAGGAGAGUACCCUCAUCGGGAGUCGUGGAGUGGCAGCAACGCCUAUCACACUGAGAGGAUCAUGUCCUUCCGACCCAUCUGCUCUGCUAACCACAAGGAGUCUAAGAUGGUGGUGUUUGAGAAAGAGAAUUUUACGGGACACCAGUGGGAGAUAAACGAUGACUACCCAUCACUGCAGGCUAUGGGCUGGGGCACCAAUGAGAUUGGAUCCAUGCAAGUUCAGAGCGGCGCCUGGGUGUGCUACCAGUUCCCUGGUUACCGUGGUUAUCAGUACAUUCUGGAGUGUGAUCGCCAUGGUGGCGAGUACAAACAUUACAGAGAAUGGGGCUCCCAUGCUCAAUCGUUCCAGGUGCAGUCACUGCGUCGCAUCCAGCAAUGAGAGCUCACGUUUCCUUUGCCAAACAGCUCCGCAGCUUCCUCCUCCUCAUUCCUCCAUAAUCAUUCCAGCGUUCCCUGGUGCUACGUCACCAAAAUGUCUGCCGCACUUCUGCUUUGUUCUGUUGCUAGAUGGAAGCUUAGAAAAACAGAUGACUGAAUGGAAUAAAGAGAUAAAGAGAGGGAGAAAGAGAGCAGCAGCAGAGAUAUGCUGCUGAACCCCUGAGAAGAGGGGAAUAUUGCAGGUGUCUUGAGAUGUCUGUGAGGUUAUGAUGUCAUUCACUGCAAGUGCAAGAGAUAAUGGACAAGUCGAAAUAAAGCGUAAAACAAG